AGUAAAAUUCAAAAACUUUUUAUUACAAAUGAUGGCGCUUACAUCGUUCAGCUCUUUAUCCGUCGUAUACUUUAGUAUUUACAUCGCCUAUACUCGGGAAUAUUCGGCUGACAUAUGGAAAUAAUCACAAAAAUAUUCGACUUCCCACGUCAUUUGAUUUGGCGCCAAAAUAAUGUGAGUUAGGUUAAGAUUUUUAUUACGUGAACAAUAGUUUACACUCUAUUUAAUAUUUUACAACCGUGUAAUUAAUUAAUUUUACAAAAAUGAAAGAUUUAACUCAUUAUUUUGUGGAUAAUGUGAAAACUAAUGAGGACUCAUUAAUUAAGCCUGAAGAAGAGGUUACUCCUGAAAAAUUAGUAAAUGGUAAUUGCAGUAAAAAUAAAGUGGAUUUCAAUAUGAAAAAACGCGAACGAGUUAAAAUAAAAAUAUCGCAGUCAAGUAGUCGAGGUAAAGUUUGCAAUAUUGUUAAUAGUCAAAACGAUCUUAUUGAUAAAACUCCAAGUCCACAUUUUAAAUUGUCUGAUAAAACAAUAAUAUUAGCUAAUGACACACCAAAACGUUCAAACUCCAGCAAUAAAAUGAAUAAUAAUUCUGAUAUUAAUGAUAGUAAAAUUGAUUUAGAUUCUUCAGAUGAAUGUAUAUUUGAUGUUGAUAAAAAAAAAAAGUCAUCAAAUAAUAAAAUAAUUACAUUAGAAAAUAAAAAAAAUAAUUCACCAACUGAUGAACUAACAAAUGGACGGGAGGAAUCAAAUGCAUUUCAUGUUUUGAUGACUCGUAAUAAAUCUGUAAAAGUUAAUUCUACAAAACGAUCAAGUGAAGAAGGAAAAGAGGACUCUUCAGAAAUAAAAAAUAGUCAAGAAAUAAAAAAUAAAUUGAAACAGAAUAAAGAAAAACUUAUUACACUUGCUGAUAAAAAGGGAUAUACUAAAAGAAAAAUACGUGAGAGAGAAGAGGAAGAAAAAAUAGAAAAACAAAUAGAGAAUCGUAUUAAAAUGUUUAAAGGAAAUAAUAGCAGUGAUAAUAAUGAUGAUAACGUUAUUACUCCAAAAAUAACUCCUCGUGGUUUGUAUAAUUAUUUUAGUACAAUAACACCUGAGGAACGGGAAAAAACUAAGUCUAAAACGAUUGUUGAAGCUGAAAUACACGGUACAAAAAUAUCAUUAACAUCUAACGAACAGUCUUCAAAAUCUAAUUAUAAUAAUAAAAAUAAUAAAUCAAGGGUUAGAAAAAUUUUAGCAACAAUUGACGAUAUUCAAGUCCUUAAUUCAGAAACUACAACCCCGACAGAUAUCACCCCGGCAGAAAAAAAAUUAGAAUCGACAAACGAAUCAUCUCAGUUGCUUCAAAAAAAACGUAAAUGGUCGUUGCGAAUCAAUCUUCAAUCAUCAGAAACUCAAAAUAAAUCAGAUGGAGAUUCAGGAAAUGAAGUGAAAAAUAAAACUCAGGAUAAUCAUAUUAAACGUAAAAAAAGUAAAAAAAUAAGUAAAUCAGAUAAAGAAGAAUCAACAGAAGAUUCUCAAGAAGAAGAUGAUGUUAGUAACAUUAAAGAUAAUAGCCAAACAAAUAAAGUUUCACAAACAACAGAUUCUUUACAAAUUAAAGAAGCAACUUUGGAUGAUUCAGAAUUAGAAAUUAUUGAAACAAAAAUAUUAAAGAGGCCUCCAAAUGAAAAACUUGCUCCAUUGUUUGUCAAGAGAUCGAAGCCCGAUCCUGAUGUUGUUGCAGCUCGACAUUCAUUUUUACAUUCUCGAAUUCCAGAAAAUGAUAAAAAAUUUGAAAGAAAAGUUAUUGUAUCUGGGACACCAUUGCUUUCGUUUCCAUCCAUAUCUCAUAUAAAUCAGCUUAGUAUUGAAGAGAAAACUCUUGAUAUGUCUUGCCCUUUGAAAUAUAAAAUGAAAGAAACUGCAGCUUACACCCCAGUAUUUGAUUUUGAUAAUUUCAAAUCGAUUAUUAAUUUGAAUGACUCUGUACAAGAACAAAAAAUACUUAAAAAUGAUGUAACAAACCUAGAUACUGAAGAAAUUUUGAAAGAAAUUGAAGGACGAUGUUCUGAUGCUCGAGAAAUGUGGACUAAAAUAAAUUUAUUAUCAAAUAAACAAAAAGAUCAAAUGAGUCCAAAAAAACGAGGGCGUAAACGAAAGUCUGUAGAUAAAGUGGCAUCUGUAAAUAAAAAUAAUAAUGAAAAUAAUAUAUGGACAGAAAAAUAUAAACCUAUAUGUACUAAAGAAAUUGUUGGCAAUGAAGGAGCUGCUGCUAAAUUACGAGAUUGGUUGAAUGGAUGGCAAUCCUCAACCAAUAAAGACGAUUAUAGCAGUGGUGAAGAAUUUUAUUCAUCAGAUAAUAGUCGAUCUGGUGGCUUCGAUUGUAAUCAAGUUGCUGUUCUCUUGGGUCCUCAUGGUAGCGGUAAAACUGCCAGUGUUUACGCAAUUGCUGAAGAAUUGGGUUAUAAUGUCCUAGAAGUUAAUGCUUCAAGUAAACGUCCCGGUCGAAGAAUUUUAAAAGAUUUAGAGGAAGCAACUAAAUCACAUCAUGUUAAAAAAUCAGAAAAAAAUAAUUUUCUUCAACCUUCUUUAAAUGAUAAUAAAAAAACAUUGCAAAAUUCUCUUAUUUUAUUUGAAGAUGUUGAUAUUAUAUUUGAUGAAGAUGAUGGCUUCAUAUCAGCUACUUAUCAACUUGCAUCAAAUACUAAAAGACCAAUAGUCAUGACAUGUAGAGAUUCGUGUUCUCAUUUAAGUCGAAUGGCACCACAGCAAUUACGUAUUUCUUACCAAACGAUUUAUGGUUCACGUGUUUCAGCAUUAUUAGAAUUAAUAACAUUAGCUGAAUCUGGAACUCGUUUACCUCAAACCUGUUUAAAUAAGCUUAUAGCAACUGGCGAUUUACGAAAAGCAAUACUACAAUUGCAAUAUCUUUUAAUAUCAGGAACACCACGAUCAUCAUUGCUAUCUAGUGAUUUUCAUAAAACUUUAUGGCAAGAUAUGCGUAAUUAUUUGUACAAACCAAUAAUUAAACAGGACAAAAAACAAACAAAGAAAAAAAUUAAUUUGAAAGAUGAACAGAAGAUAGAUGAUUUAAAUUUAAAUACCAUUGCUAAUUUAGCUGAUGAUUUAGAUGCAAUAUCUUUAGUAUCAUCUUUAGUUGAUAUUGAUGAUGAAAUUUUAAAUAUGAUUGAAUUUAAAUAUGAGCCUAGCCUGUCUCUCGAAGAAACAAUGGAUUUAUAUUCAAGCAAUAAUAUUCUCAGCAUGGAAAUCGGCAAAUGGUUAAGACAUAAAGUUAUGAAUAAUGAUACUAUAGAUACCAAUGAAAUUGAUACUAAAUUUUCACGGCAAUUGUCAUUAAAAAAAGAAUUAAAUACUGGUAUUAAUUCAGCAUUGUCACAAAUUUCAAUUAAUAACUUAGAUUCACGAAGUGUAUCAAUUGAUUAUUUGCCAGCUAUCCGUACGAUAUGUAGAUCUGAAGAAAUAAAAUCAACAAACAACACAAAAAGAAGAUUUUUUCAUUAUUUACAAAACUUUCGAUUACCGUAUGGUUCUAUUAAACCCAAUAUUCUGGAAGCGGCAUGCAAAGCAAUGCAAGAAAAACCUGAUAAGUCGCUACAAAGAUAGUGGAUUAAAUUUAGUUUUUAAAUCUGUAUAUUUUUACUUAUUUCUAAAUUGUCACUUAAAUCUGUCUGAUAAAAUCAUACAGGAAUUAUAUAUUUAAAUAAAAUAACUUUAAUAUUUUUAUU